CUUCUAUGUUCUCUCUUGUCUAUGGUUACAAUUUACAACGGUUUUAUAUACUCAAAACAAUUUGCGUUUUUUAAUUUGCAAAGGUUCUACACUAUUAAUUUGGUUAAUAUAAUGGUUCAGAGUAACGAAGAAGCGACUAAAUUAGUAGCUCCUACAGUGGAGCAAAUAAAUGCUGAUAGAUUAACUCAGUUAGCGGAAAAAUAUUGGGCCCCCCAUACAUCCCAUGAGCACCUACCUUUCGAUUCAGAUGUUGUGGAAGAUAUUUAUUUGGUUGACAUUAAGGGUAGCAACUUUUCAGUCCGUAGAAUAAUGGUUUUAGAAUUCAGUCAGUAUUUAGAGAACUUUUUAUGGCCAAACUAUGGCCCCAAUGCAACCCAUGCCCAUAUGAUGUCAAUAGUUGCAAUGUUGAAUGAAAAAUUUCGUGAGAGAGUGCCUCCUUGGCAAGUAUUUAAGAAGAACCACGAAUAUUUUCCCAAUUUCUUUCAUCAAGUGUUGAAAGCAUGUUUAGAAGAUGAGUUGACAGUAACAUUGAAAGAACAAACAGCUCUUUUAGUUUUCCUCAAUCACUGUUUUAACAGUAUGGAAGUUGCAUUAUGUAGAGAGCAAGUUAAAAGACUAGUUUCAUUGUCAAUGUGGGUUUCAUUGCAACCUUCUCGAAGAGAACAAGAAUUUAGGCAAAAUCCUAGAUGGAGAAAAUACUGGCGUGCAAUUCAGAAAAGGGAUAAACAAGAAACCUCAGAACAGUUAGAAAAGCUCAAUUGGGAAAGAACAUUUUUACAAAAGCUUAUUUUAAGGUUUCUUUCUAUUUUGGAAACAAUUCCAUAUGAGGGAUUGCUAUUAGUCGAUAAGCUUCAUUACUGUGAACGAUUUUUGGAGUUAAUUACCGAUUUGGAAGCUCUGUUGCCUACAAGAAGAUUUUUCAAUACUGUUCUUGAUGAUUGCCAUUUGGUCGUUCGAUGCCAAUUAUCGUCAUUAAUUAAAAGGCCAGAAGGUCAUCUCUUCAGCCAGUAAAUUCCCGUGUUCAUUGCGGUCAUUUCGUCACCCCAUUCGCAUUCGGGCUCCGGUCGACAGCAAGAACAGGCACAAACGCUGUAA